GACUCAGUCCGGGUAAGAUUGGAUAGGGACCCAAGUAUCACUUACCACAUGGAAGUGGACAAGGCCACUUAUCUCACUGCCUGUUGGUAUGGAGCAUAUCACAACCGGAUGGCCGUAUGCUCGCGCAUCGAUGGGAGCGCCACUGGGCACUCUCAGGAUGCUGUGGCUAACCGGCAAGUGCCUUCGACUUGGCAGCCACAAGAUCCUCCCCGGAUAGACCUCCGACCUGUCGAGCGAAGUCGAAAGAACAGCCAUUUUGAACUCUGUACAAAGAAAGACGCAGCCAAACAGAUGAAAAUUGUCGAAUGCGUACCACAAGCAAAGCCUACGUACCGCCUCCCAUCCCACGUCUUAUAUCCCACCUACCGUCCCCUCUACGCGCACCCGACUCAGCCACACAUACCUACAUCAUGCACCCCAGAAAUUGCUACCCAGCGGCGCGCAUGACGUUCUCAUCAAGGAAACCGUCCCCCUCCCCUGCGACCAGCACAAUAAACAGUGGCGCUGCGCCCUCGCCCAUCCCCCUCUUCAACCUCCCUCAGCUGACCCCUCCCGGGCCCCAGACCCGCUUCCCCCCUCCUUCCAGCCCGUUUAGCGCCGAAGGAAUCGCGCAUCGAAGCGCGCACGACACAGCCCUGGACCCUACCGCUACGCGACCCGGAGAGCCGGGCGUGGGAGCUGGCACUGCCCCAAACUGGAUGUUCUGCUGCCUGCAGAGCGCAGGAUCAGGAAUCGGGGUGACCGGUCGCGCGCUUUUCGGCGCUUGGGCAGCCACUUAUCAUGCUGCUGUGGUGUGCUGUGUGGAUGGUGGAGUGGGGGUGCGGUGCGGCGCAGGCGGCGUGCGGCGCGGGCCGGCGCGUAGCGAUACUGCCUUGCACCGCCACCGCUUGCGCGCUUGCCGGUUUUUGGACUUGUUCCUGCGCGCCUAUACUACAGUGGCGCUAUUCUUGCCGGUUUGGUGCGUGGGAGGCUGGGAGUGUGUUGCGGUGGUGGCUUGUGAGGUGUUGGCGGUGUGCUGCUGGUGUUUUAACCUUUUGCUCCUAUAUAGGGUUUGGAGUUUAUUGGAGGGCAUAUAUAUUGACGGAGAUUUUGUCCUUUAGGGAUAUGCGGGUAUAAAUAUCUUUCUCUUUGCGCCUCUGGGUAGUUGCUGCUAUGUACACUCUGGCGGAGCGACCUCACUACUCGACGCAUUCGGCUGCUGGUACGAGGGUCUGGAAUCUGGAAUAGACGGCUGAUUUACGAAACGGGGGUUC